CACGGGGCCACCAGUGCUUCCAGAGGAGAAUUGUUGGCCGUCGACGCAAAGAUGAAGCCGAUUUUCGGGAAGAUUGUCAGCGACAAGAUGCAGAAGAGCGUGCUCGUGGCCGUCACGCGCAUCGUCAAGGACCCAAAGUACGGCAAGUACUACAAGAAGACCAAGAAGUUCAUGGCCCACGACGAAGAGAACGCUUGCAACAUCGGCGACAUGGUGCGCCUGAGCCACACGCGCCCGCUCUCCAAGAACAAGCGCUGGAACGUAGACGAAAUCUUGCGCAAGGCCGAAAUUUAGACGUGUAGUAGCAGCCAACAACGCAGUGUAUUUCUUUACUA